CUUCCCAAGUCCCGUUCCUCAAUUUGACCAACGAUGAUGUUGGGUGGCAUCAUCUUUUCUUCACUUCAAACGACUUCACCUACUAGUAUUUGCUGUUAUCCAUUUCAGUGAUUUCUGAUACUCUUCUAUUUCUUUCACCCUUCUGAUGCAGUUUUGCGAAAGCGUUCCGUUUAGUCGAGCAACCGAAACCGCCAUAGCCACUGGCCACAAAAAUUCCGGCUGAGUCCAAACCUUUCUCAGGACGUACUUGUAAAGAAAAUGAGGAAAAGUUUGAUAAGUGCAAUUAUGCUAUAUUGGGGGGAGUGUUUCUGUAAUUUCCUAAACCAUCGUCAAACAAAUGCAACGGGCGGCUAGCCCUUCGUCCUCCAACGUCGCUUCCCCACAGUCUAACAUUGCCGCUCUCCGGUAGCCUCUUCGCAUGUACACAUUUUGAGUUGAUUGAGGAGCUCGGCAUUGUUGUUCCUUUUAUGGGUCCUUUAGCUGUGGAUACCAAAAGCACUUCUGGAGACUCUCCAGAUGUAUCUAGUAGAAAGAUACAAAACACACAGCUGGAAGUAAGAAAAAGCUUUGCAUCAGUCAAUGUGGGAGAAGAAAAACCUUUUGAUUUCUUACGAAUUCUACUUGAGGGAGUCAUAGCAGGAGGUACAGCUGGAGUUGUGGUUGAAACAGUUUUGUAUCCAAUUGAUACAAUAAAGACACGGCUGCAGGCAGCCCAUGGUGGAGGUAAAAUAGUUCUGAAGGGCCUUUAUUCUGGAUUGGCUGGGAAUCUUGCUGGUGUUUUACCGGAUUCUGGUUCUAUGCCGUGUGCCUUUCAGUGGGGUUUCCAAUUGAUUGGUAAUAAAUCUUCUAUGUACAGGGCUUCUGCCUUAUUUGUUGGUGUCUAUGAACCUACAAAACAAAAAUUACUGAAGACGUUUCCUGAAAACUUUAGUGCAGUUGCUCACUUGACUGCAGGUGCUAUUGGAGGGGUUGCUGCUUCACUAAUCCGUGUACCAACAGAGGUUGUUAAACAAAGGAUGCAGACUGGCCAGUUCACUUCAGCUCCAGAUGCUGUGCACCUUAUUGUAUCAAAGGAGGGAUUUAAGGGUCUCUAUGCGGGUUAUGGAUCUUUUCUACUGCGAGAUUUGCCAUUUGAUGCCAUUCAAUUUUGUAUCUAUGAGCAACUCCGGAUUGGUUAUAAGGCAGCGGCACAGAGAGAUCUAAAUGAUCCUGAGAAUGCUAUAAUUGGUGCUUUUUCUGGUGCAUUAACUGGAGCUAUAACUACUCCUCUCGAUGUUAUCAAGACAAGAUUAAUGGUUCAGGGAUCGGCAAACCAGUACAAGGGGAUCUUUAAUUGUGUUCAAACAAUUGUUAGGGAGGAAGGACCAUCUGCUCUUCUGAAGGGCAUCGGACCAAGAGUAAUGUGGAUAGGCAUCGGCGGUUCAAUCUUUUUCGGCGUCUUGGAAAGCACAAAACGGUUACUUGCAGAGAGACGCCCUAAGCCUCCAACUGUAAAACAUGACUAAGUAUACAAACCCGGCGUCCUUUGACAUUUCUUAAAAUUUCUUUUUAUCUGUAUGAAUAAAUUUUCAUAAAUUUUUUCUGCAAAAGUGAAAAUUAUAUACCAAAAGGAAAGUAGAAGGAUUCCCCUGCACUGAAUUGAUAUCUUUUUUAAUGUUUUUACUGGAAAUGCAAUUAGUUC